GUGGUUGCAAUACGUGAUGCCAAAAAAGGGGGCAGUCGCGUUCCAGUUCCAAUAUCAGGACGAUAUGUAGCUUCGUUUCAGGAGGCUUCUUCAUCUCCACUCCUAAUUAUUUUCUUACAUAUCCUCAAAUUCUUCGGAUCUGAGCUCGUUUCAUAGGUCUGAGCUCAGUUUGUCGGUCCUUUCAUUUUAUUUCACCAAACCUGCACAGAAUGAAGCAAUCUCGCAAUAACGGAAAUGAAUUCCAGUCUGCGGAGGCCAACUCCAUCGUUGGACCCUCGAGGCCAAUCGACGCCGCAGGUGAUGAGUCUUCUCUGCUCCCAAACACCAAAGCCCCCGAACCCAACUCUUCUUCCACCAACCCAACUACUACAGCAGCAUUAGCAUCAGCAUCAGCUCCAUCGCCCUCCGUCCAGACGCACGAUCUCCUCAUCGCUGCCAAUGCCGAGCUACUGAAGCUCGAAAUAACAUAUGGGUUCUUCUCAAACCUCUACAUAUCUCUCCCGCCCGCAGCCUAUGCCCCUGUCCGAGCGCGCGGCAGCAUCUUAUACCACGUAUGGAACAGCUCCUGGCGGCUCGGCAAACCCUCCGUCCUCAUCUCCGAAAAAAGCAAACACGGGAAGCCCGUCGCCUCCAUGAUAUUGCGAUGGGGAAGAGCGGAUUUGUUCUCCGUGGGCAGUACCGAGAGCGAAAUGCGCUGGGAAUCCCUUCAUAGAACGAGUGUGUGGACGCAUUCGCGCUUUGAAUUCGAGUGGGAUUUUGGAAAGGAAGCAGGAGGCAGGAGGAGAUUCGUAUGGCGCCGCUUGUUGAAGGAUCCUUGGACUGAUCAGCCGGAUUUGGAGCUGAGGGAAUUGUUCGAGUCGGGAGUGCCUGGGAUGAGGGGUUGGAUGGGAAAAGAGGUUUUGGCGCUCUAUUCGGGUAUGCAUUGGCAUCGGUGGAGGAGAAGGGGGGGUUUUGUCAUUCGGCGGGUAUUCGCAAAGCUGCCUGAUUCAAGGCCACUGAAGCUUGAGGACAUGGGGGACUGGGAAGUCGUUAUCCUGGUGACGGCAUUGGGUAUCGUUGAGGCGGCCAGGAGGAGAGCGAAUAACAGGAGGCAAGCUGUUAUGCCACCCCCGUCUCUUAUAGAAAAGCUCAUUUGAGCUCGUGGGUUUCCGUUGGGUGGUCACAAGUUAUUGUCCCUAUACAGAGACUCCCUAUACAUACCGUAUCCUCC